AGUUAUUUUUCCAGAAAAUAUUUAAGGUCGUGUAAAUGCACACACAUAUGUUUAACUAUAUCAAGUACGGGCUCUCUCUCCUUGUAAACCUCGGCGCUCCGAGUUACUUGCAUUUCAUCAUGUCACUUACCCCUCACCUCCCGUGGCAUGUUCUCUCUGAAGGCGCUGUCGUUACCUCCCCUUCCCUGGGCACAUGCUGCUCGGCGGUGUGACUUCGCUGCUGCUCCCGUUGAAAGCUGGGGUCGACCUCCCUCCUCUUGAGGGCUGGGUCUGCUCUGACGCACCGAGUGUGGUGGAAGCCGCCAGGCCUCGGUGUGAGGGGCCUGGCAGCUUCCGCCGGUGGAAGGGAGCUUGGGCUAGACUCCGGAGUACCAGCAGGCUGUGCAGAGGGAAGAGGCCCGUGGACGGAGAGGGAGUGGGUCACGUGGACAGAGGGUGCCAGUGGAGAGAGAAAGGGCCAUGUGGAUGGGGGGGCAGUGGACAGAGAGGGAGGGCCCCGGGGAGACAGGACCCACCUGGUAGCCACUCUGAGGCCCAGGUGCCAAAGUGAAGCUGGCUGGAUCCCAGCCCCUGCUGAGCCGUCCCAGCCGCCACCACCGUGGCUGUCCUGGCAGAAUUCCUGACCCACGGAGUCCCGAGCGGUGAAAGGUCACGGACACAGGUGCGAUCUGCCCUGCAGUGGGGGUUGGGGCACUGCCCUCGGCGAUUCUGCUCUCUCUGACCGUGAUCGGGGACUCUCCUGCUGUCAUUCAAUCGGUAUGGAACCGUGAUGCCUAACUUUCUGUUGGGUUACGAUCCAAAGCACCUGUGCGGACUGUCCCUGGAGGCUGCUGGUUGGCUCUUUGGCCUGUCCCAUCACUCUCCCGCCAGUCAGUUUUCAGCACUCCCUCACCCCGGGCACCGAGGGUUCUCCAGGCAGUUGUGCCGGUCUCUUUCGCCAGUCCUAAGACUAGCCGCUUCUCCAAGGAGCCCUGGUUCCUUUUGUCGGAAACCGGUCUUAGAAACCAGGAUCUGGGUGCUGGUGAGCCUGUUGCUUCCCGGACGACAGAGCUAGAAAAUGCUCAUGCGCGUGCUCUCCCGUGUGGGCUUGUGUGCGCCAGCAUCUACACCAACCUGAACACAAGCUGAUGCUGGCGUCUCCAGCUGUCACCCAUGACCACACAGGUCAUUCUAGCUGCCUCUCCUUGCUUAACUCCAAGUAGUGAGACACAUGCCUGCCACGGCGGCCACCCACUUGCUGAACUGGGUGAUGCUGGCACACACCAGAAUCGAUAAACCAGAGCCUGUGGGACACGGUGCUACUGGCUAGCGAGGAGGGCUGCGCACAAUUCUUCAACCCCCAUCCUUGCAAACUCUUCUCAUCCCUGAAGUGAACUGGAUCAGCACUUCGCCACCCUCUACACUCAGGUCAUUUCAUUCAAAUUCCGAUUCACUCCGAUUCUCCCAACUUCCUAAAAUAGCUUUUUUAAGACGGUGUGCAUUGAGGUUCACACCGAGCUGUGUUCUUCCUUGAAUCUUGAUAAGCACACGGGGCCACUCACCCACCAGGACAAUUCCGUCCAGAAUGGCUUCUGUGCUCACGCCCCACCCCAGCUUGCAGUUGUAAAGCCAGUUCCUUUCAAGGUGGUUUGUUCUGGAUCAAAGGCUACAGGAAAUAGUGGGUAAUUUUUAGAGAUACUGAAAUUCCCAAAGACGGACUACAGAGCUAGUGAUCACUAUAUAAAAAUGUUGGGUUUUUUUUCAGAUCCUGUCUCGUUUGCUGGUAAAGGUACUGUGACAUGCAUGUUGUGUCAUCUCCAGGUGCGCGUAGAUGAACUAAAGUAUCCGGAACACGGACACCGGUUUGCGGAGAGGCAGACGCUGUUGUUAAACUGAACCAGAGUGUCGGCAAUGAUAGAGAGAGGGAAACCAGUUGCUUCCUGCUUGAAUCAGGAAGAGCAUCUCCCUCACCCAGGCUCAGCCUCCUUGGGGUCUCCCUGUGGGUCUCGGGCUGAUCCCCAUCCAUCUCGAAGCAGGCGGCCUGGGAGCAUUCAGCUUAGCUCAAGAUCCAUAUGCUGAGGCAGAGUUCUGCUGUCCUUCUGUCCUCAGUGCCCUCAGGGCCCGCGCCUGCCGCCAGCUCCGUGGUGUCCGAGUCCACAGUGAGCUGGGCGGCGGGCGCCCUGGCCGUGCUGCGCUGCCAGAGCCCGAGAAUGGUGUGGACCCAGGACCGGCUGCACGACCGCCAGCGCGUGGUCCACUGGGACCUCAGCGGCCGCCCGGACGGCGGCCCGGCCCGCAGGCUCGUAGACAUGUACUCGGCAGGCGAGCAGCGCGUGUACGAGCCGCGCGACCGCGGCCGCCUCCUGCUGCCGCUCUCCGCCUUUCACGACGGCAACUUCUCGCUGCUCAUCCGCGCGGUGGACGAGGCCGACGCGGGGUUGUACACCUGUAACCUGCACCACCACUACUGCCACCUGUACGAGAGCCUGGCCGUCCGCCUCGAGGUCACGGACAACCCCCGGGAGGCCGGCGCGCACUGGGACGGCGAGAAGGAGGUGCUGGUGGUGGAGCGCGGAGCGCCCGCGCUGCUCACCUGCGUGAACCGCGCGCACGUGUGGACCGACCGGCACCUGGAGGAGGCGCAGCAGGUGGUGCACUGGGACCGUCAGCCGCCCGGGGUGCCGCACGACCGCGCGGACCGCCUGCUGGACCUGUACGCGUCGGGGGAGCGCCGAGCCUACGGGCCGCCCUUCCUGCGCGACCGCGUGGCGGUGGGGGCGGACGCCUUCGCGCGCGGCGACUUCUCGCUGCGCAUCGACCCGCUGGAGCCCGCCGACGAGGGCACUUAUUCCUGCCACCUGCACCAUCACUACUGCGGCCUGCACGAGCGUCGCACCUUCCACUUGAGAGUCACCGAGCCCGUCGCCGGGCCGCCCCCGCGGGACUCGCCGGGCAACGGCUCCAGCCACAGCGGCGCCCCUGGCCCAGAUCCUACCCUGGCGCGCGGCCGCAGCGUCAUCAACGUCAUAGUCCCCGAGGGCCGGGCGCAUUUCUUCCAGCAGCUGGGCUACGUGCUGGCCACCCUGCUUCUGUUCAUCCUGCUGCUUAUCACCGUUGUCCUGGCCGCCCGCCAGCGCCGCCGUGGAGGGUACGAAUACUCGGACAAGAAAUCGGGGAAGUCAAAGGGGAAGGAUGUGAACAUGGCAGAGUUGGCUGUGGCCACAGGAGACCAGGGUCUUUACAGGAGUGAGGACACCCAGCUAGAUUACAAAAACAACAUCCUGAAGGAGAGGGCUGAGCUGGGCCGCGGCGCACUUCCCACAAAGAACAUUGACUUGGACAGAGAGUUCAGAAAGGAGUACUGCAAGUAAGGGAUCCUGGGCUCCUGGCUGGGCCAGCAGCCCUGCCAGCUCCUGUCCGUCCAUCUUGGAGGAUGACCUCCUGACCCUCAUGUGGCUCACCCGACCCCCUUCCAGCGGCUGGUCCCGCUGUCCUGGAACUUGGCCUGGACUGGCACAGAGCAAAGCUGCCUCCAGCCCCUCUCCCGGGAGCCGUCCUAAUCCUCUCUGGGAUUCUGCUGAGCUGCGGCGGCCUCUUCGCCAGCCCUCAGCAGGUGCCUGCUGGCUCCCACACUCCCUGGUGGUCCUGCCCCUCGCCCCACCCCAGGCCAGCCCCGACCCCACUGAUGUUCACCAAUCCUUCAGGCUCUCCUGGCCCCUGCCACCAUGGGCUGGAGCUCGGGUCAACCUCAGGGCUAGCACCCUGGCCCCUUUCUAGGGGGAGCCUACAGCUGGGACCUGAGGACUGCACACUCCAGGCCCCGGGCUAAUUCCCCUCUGCUCUGUGUUGGGCUACCUGGGCCUGCCGUGGAGCUUCUCUGCCUCCCACCCUAUUCCAGCUUUGUUUCCAGCAAGUGCCUUGACAGUCACUGGGCUCCAUGUGACUUUUGACUCUGACUCCCCCCCACCCCAGCAGCCCCUCCUUGGGCUGGCAUCUGGGGCUGGGACCUCAUUUGGGUUCUGUUUUGGCUGAGGACCGGGGAGGAGUAAAGACAGUUCUAGAGCGGUUUGUGCUGCCACACCCAAUACCCCACAUUUGCUCCUCCUGGGAAAUGGCCACCAUCACAAUAAAGACCACGUGAUUUUUA